AUGAUUGCUAUGAAGUUCAACUUUCACGAGGGCACACACAAGUGUGACCUUCACUUCGCCAUCAGUCCCAGCACUGCUAAGCUGACAAUCUCCGCUGACACCGACACUGRCCUUCUGAAGAUGAAGCAGACCYUGAACGCUGAUGCAGUCAUMRWCKGUCACAUCACAUUUGAMGCCCGSURUGAYGCAGAAGGCCCAGKSYUCAAGAACAGCCUUCUGGUGGRAUCUGGAAAUGCRYARUWMGGAMAUWUGAAYYUUGAACUGAAGGCAAACCAUGACACAGAGCUUGUUGGAGYUCUCAGUGGAAUCSUGUCKAACUCACUCAKCYUUYWYAUUKAUCCWAMUGAYGUUGUCUUUGACUUCCAGAACAAGGGAAACACCAAGCURKGCUUCAACGAGGCACUGYUGGCCAAGAUUGAUCUCCAGAAUGACUACUCUGCCARKAUCAAGCCUGAAYCUCAACAGAUCAACACUGUGGCUCUUGCCCGUUUCAACCAGUACAAAUCCUCCUACAACUUCACUAUUGACAACAACGAAAAGGAGGCUGGCAUCUUUGCUACCAUGAAUGGUGAGGCAAAUCUUGAAUUCCUGACAAACCCCAUCAGCAUCCCAGAGAUUGAUCUGCCCUUCAUUAACAUGCACAUUCCAGCCAUCAGCGAUCUGAACCUGUAUGAGCAUACUGGCUUGAAGAACAUCGUGACCACCACAGAGCAGUCUAUUGAUGUUGAUUCCAAGAUCCUGUACCAGAAGAGUCAGUUUUACUCUCUGGGCAACCUGAUCACCGAACUCUCCCUGAAGUCACCCAUCUUCAAUCUGAAUGCCAAUGCCGGACUUUACGCUGAGGACGACGUUGUGUUCCGUCUCGGAGCUACCACAGCCUCCGUAUUUGAAGCUCUUAAGGUCAAGCUUGAUGGCACCAGCAGCCUGACCACUAAAAGAGGACUUAAGCUGGCCACAUCCCUGUCUCUGGAGAACCCCCACAUUGAGGGAAACCAUGACAGCACAAUCAGCCUGAACACUGACAACCUGGAAGCUGCGGUGUCUGUGGCUACCAUUGCAAAGAUUGCUCUGCCCAUCUUGAACCUUGAAGCCAACCAGCAACUUGUUGCAGACACCAAGACCAAGCCAAAUGCUGCCUCUACAUUGAAGCUCAAAGGUGAUUUCAACCUUCCCCUUAUCAAAACAAUUGGCAAGGUAGAGGCUGACCACAGCCUGAAGCUAGAGGGAACCCUUGAGUACAUCUCCGUGGAGUCAUCCAUCAAGGGCAACAUUGAUGCCACAAUCCUGGAAUACAAUGCUGUUUUGGGAGCUCUGGACAAUGAAGCUAACAUCUACCUGAAUGCUGAUGGCCUACGCUCCACCUCAAAGGUCACUGCCAAUGCUAAACUCAGCAACGGUGASACAARUGUCCUGGAYAUGGAUGUGGARGAGAACCUGGCUGUUGAGGCAUCCGUGAGCCYUGUGUAUGCAGUGCUGAAAUURGRSASCAACAARYAYGCCAAUGUGAUUACCUUCAACACCAAGGGAAAGCAUGUAGCCCAGGCUACCAUUGACUUUGCACCAUUGACAUCACUGACUGCUGAUGUUGAGAUUGACAUGUCUCAGCCAAGCAACGUGGGUGACAUUUCCUUCUUUGAGAAGACUGCUGUCGAGCUGACAGGUACCAAGCAGAAAAUCUCUACCACCGCCAAGAUUGCCACUCCUGUGUACACCACAGAUAUGGCAGCUGAGUUGGAGGGUGAUUCCCCUGUCUUCAAAGCCACACUCAAGUCAUCUGCUACCUCUGCCAUUGUUCUCAUGGAUUAUGACGUGGAUGCUUCCAUCAAAGCAAAUGUUGAGAAUGAAGCCCUGGGCUUGACUGGCAAGAUGAUCCUGACCCAUGCUGACCUGACCAUGGACAUUCUGAAUGUGAUUACACACUCUAUGAGUGUCUCCCGCCACACCCUGAAUGUGGACAUCAUCAGCCCAACCUUCACUGAUGCGAACUUCCGCUACGCUGCCCGCAGAGAUGGCGUCAGGGCUUCCAUCUCUACUCCAUCCACUGGGUUAUUGGGUCUUGAAUUCCAGGGCAGGAAACCAUCUGAGCUGAGCGCUAGACUCUACAGCCGUUAUGCUUCUGCCCCAGAGGAUGAUGUUGACAUCUUGGUCAUCAGAGUUACUACCAAUGACGCCGGUAAUCUAAAACUACAGGUUGCCAACAACAAGGAGGCCCUCCACGACAUGCUCCUGGGCCUGAAGGAGAGACUCCCUGCCAUCACAUCCACCCUGGAGAACUUCGUAGACAGGUUCGAGAUCUACACGCUCAUCCUAACUUCAGGCGAACACAUUGACGAAGCCUUCAAUGCUGUCUGCCACCAUGUUCUCCAGCUGUCAAUCUUCUUCAGGGACACUGUUGCCCAGUAUAAUAAAACCAUCCAGGUCUUCCUGGAUGCUGCCAUUGAGUUCCUGAAGGAGACUCAGUUGAAGCUGCCUGGCUAUGAGGAGAUAACCGCCCUGCCUGUGCUGCUCCUCAAACAGCUGACCAGCGCCAUUGCCUCCAUUCUUGAGCAGGCCAUCCAGAUGAUCAUUGACAACAUGGAGUCAUGGAGAUGAGCAUGUCUGUGGUGAACCAGCUCAAUCUCGCCAUCACUGGUCUUCUGCAGCAGGCUUCUGAUGAGGCUUUCGUGAAAGUUAGUGGAAGGCUUGAGAACGACCUUCCCUUUCCCUUCCACCAGUGAGAUACCCACAGACUAAACCCUGAGUAUAUUAAACACUGCCAUCUGUUAAACACGUAUGCUCGCUUGGGAGGGAAAAAAUUGACACUUAGCCCAAUAAGUGUUUCAGCAUGUAUUUAUAGCAGUCAAGUUAACAUGUACAACUUGAUAAAAAUAUGUUGUAUUAUUAUUUUGUGUAAAUGACUACUGAUGUACCAACAUGGAAAUGCAAUACUUUGUUGUGUUCCACUUCCCUUGUAUAUCCUAUUCAAGAUGGAAAGAGUGAAGUGUAUCAAUAAAGUCUAUUAUAAACUGGG